AUGUCAUUUCGAGCUGGCACUGGCACUGCAAGUCUGCGGUGGUUGCUGCACAGCGUUUUCAACGCUCAUUGUCUUCACCUUAGCUUCUAUUCUUUGGCUCUGUCAAAACCGCAGUUUUCUGCCAAUUGCCACGAUAUUUUGCCAUGGUUGGAGCUGAAAGCUGCUUCUACAAUUUCCUCCUCGCUUUCCAUCGGGAAAUCUUCGUAUGGACGGUCUCUGUUUGCUUCUAAGUCAAUACAAACUGGAGAUUGCAUUUUAAAGGUUCCUUACAGAGUGCAAAUAACUGCUGAUAAUCUCCCUCCUGAAAUCAGAUAUUUGAUUGGUGAGGAAGUUGGAAAUAUUGCGAAACUUGCUAUUGUUAUUCUCAUUGAGAAGAAAUUGGGUCAGGGCUCUGAAUGGUAUCCUUAUAUCAGCUGUCUUCCACAGCAAGGGGAGCUGCAUAAUACGUUAUUUUGGAAUGAAAGUGAGUUGGAGAUGAUUCGUCCAAGUUCAGUUUAUCAGGAAACUAUUGACCAUAAGUCUCAAAUUGAAAAAGACUUUUUGGCUGUCAAGCGAGUUUUUGAAUGUUGCCAUCUAAGUUUUGGAGAUUUUACUUUCAAGGACUUCAUGCAUGCAUGCACACAAGUUGGUUCUCGAGCAUGGGGAAGCACAAAGGGUUUAGCUCUGAUUCCAUUUGCAGAUUUCUUAAACCAUGAUGGAGUUUCAGAAGCAAUUGUAAUGAGUGAUGAUGACAAACAAUGUUCAGAAAUUAUUGCUGAUCGGGACUAUGCCCCUGGUGAACAGGUCCUAAUAAGAUAUGGAAAGUUUUCAAAUGCUACACUAAUGCUGGACUUUGGUUUUACAAUUCCACACAACAUUUACGAUCAGGUUCAAAUCCAGUUUGAUAUAGCUAAGCAUGAUCCUUUGCAUGACAUGAAGUUGGAACUCUGGCAUCGAUAUGCUGUACUUCCACCUGAAGAUAUGAAGGACUUAACAUAUCCUGUGAAUACCUUCGUUAUCAAAAUGAUUUUGCUUUGUGUGUCCAAAUUGCCCUUGUUGCUCUUGAAUGCAUUGCUUACUUUUAGCAAAGCAAAGGAGGUGAAAUCGGAUAGAGGAAAAGGGAAAGGUCUUCCACAGUCAAUUCGUGCGCUCGCUCGUGUUCUUUCUUGUACCACAUCUCAGGAACUUGACGAUUUGGUCAUGGAAGCUGCUCAAAAUGAUGGCAGGCUGGCUAGGCGCCCUUUAAAGGAUAUCAGAAAAGAGAUCAAAGCACACAUGAUGUUGUUAUCGGUAUUCAUCCAAUUAAUUGAGGAGCGCAAUGCGACUAUCAUGUCACUGGAUUCUUCGUAUUCCUCUUCCUUGUGUGAAAGGCUUUCUGUUAGAAGACUAAUGGCUCAAGAUCUCCUACAAGCCAUUGGAGUAUCGGAGAAGUAUCACGAUAUCAGAAUAUUGACAAUACUGCAUGCAACAUUUGAAAAUAUCAUAUCAACUGGGAAAAUCAAAGAUGGAAACAAUGAUAUGCAGAUCAAUUCAUGCCUCUCUCUUGCUUCUUGUGAUACUGUGUUUGAUGAAAGCAGUGAAGGAGAUCAUCAGAAGAUCUAUUGGCUGGUGAAAGUGGAUGGUGUGUAUCACAGUUGGGACAACAACACCUGGCAGAAACGCAAAUCUUGGCAAUUUACAGUUUUUGGAGCCACCGGUUCCUCUAACCCUGUUGAACGCGACUCAAGAUUUGGUGUGAAAAUCAACAUACUGGUGAUUUCCAUCGUGAAUGAUUUGCGCUCAGGUUCACCAACACCGUCUUUCAGCAGCGAUUACCAACCAAAUGAGGUGGAAUUGAAACCAGGAAGCCCUUUCGUUAAACUAAUGAAUUUCGAUUCGCACAGUGGAAUGGUGAAAUGGGCGAUGUGUAAACUUCCGGUGAUUCUGUAUUCAUCUUCCAUUGAUGGUGACCACCAACGCAUCUAUUGGUCUGUCAGAGAAGAUGGUGUUUAUCACAGUUGGGAUAAUACAAACUGGAAGAGUUCAGCUUCUGCAAAUUCUCUUGCAGCCACUCACACUGAUCAAAAUGACUCAAACGUUUCUGUUGACAUAAACGUUGUGGGCAUUAUCAUUUCCAAUGACUUGCCUCCAAGCCCAAACAAGUUGUUGUUGUUCACGGAUUUUCAGAAGAAUCAGGUGGAGAUUCGUCGUGGAGAUCCCUACACAAGAUUGCUGAGCAUGGAUGAUCACACUGGUCAAUUGAGAUGGAAGCAGUGUCUGGAUUUCAGUUAUAUUCCUGGUUUAGAGAAAGGACAUCAACGUGUUUUUUGUUCAGUGUGUGGGGAGUGUCUGGAAUCCAGAAGCGUGGAUUCUGGUGGUCUGCAAAAGGAGACAAAUAUUUCUGCAGACAACAUAAACAUAGUGUUCGUAUCGGUUUCGAAUGAUUUGCCUCGAAGCCCAAAGAAGUUGUUCUUCUUUGCGGAUUUCCAGAAGGAUCAAGUGGAGAUUCGGCAGGGAAAUCCUUACACAAGCUUGGUGAGCAUGGAUGAUGACACUGGUGAAUUGAAAUGGAACAAGUGCUCCGAUUUCAGCGUCUAUAUUCCUGGUUUGGAGAAAGGACAUAACACUGUUUAUUGGUCUGCAAGAGAAGAUGGUAUAUAUCAUAGUUGGGAUUCUAAGACAUGGGAGAGAAAGGAAGUUUGGAGUUAUUUUUGUUAA